AUUUUCAUUUUCAUGCUGUGCGAAGCCAAAGCCAGAAACGAUAACGUGUGCGCCGACAUCGUUUUCAAUUCCAAUUCCAAUGUGUGUGUUUGUUCUUUCGUGCUAAGCUUCAAUCUCAAAGAGGACUUAGUUCUGAGGAAUAUUCCUUCUUCCUUUCCUUUUGUUUCUUCCCUCAAAGCUUGGAAUAUCGCAAACUCAGAAUCAUACUUCGUUUGCAUCACUCAGGUCUGUUUUUCAGAUUGAAAGGAUAAACUAGUUUGGAACUGUUACUAUACGAUGUUGUGCUCAUUUCAUCAUCAUCACCUUGGGCUUCAGUUCCAUUCAACAAUGGCCUAUUCGGGUUCACAUAGGCUACACAGCAAUAUCGAAAGCUGCGGUUUUUGUCAUAAGCCCAUGUGUGCAGAUCGAUUGUGUUUUGUAAAUAUCAAUCAUUCGCCAGAGUGUUUGAGGCGGGAUUCUUCUGCACUUAUCCUAUCCAGAGUACAUGUCCCACUUAGGCCCUUACGAUGUGUUUCGGUGUGCCAGUCCACACUAAUACCAGCUGGAGGGUGUGAGGCUCCACUCAGGAAUUUGGCUACUAUUUCUUUAUCAAGGCCACAGUGCACUAUAUCAGGAAAACCCAUUGUACAAUUUGUACAUCAAUUCAUCCCUGCCCUUGGUAUCAUUGGUUUUGCUGUCUGGGGUCUAGAGCCACUUCUGCGCCUGAGCAGGACUCUAUUUCUGCAAAAGACUGACAAAAGUUGGAAGAAAAGUAGUUUGCGUUAUUUAAUGAAAUCUUAUCUUCAACCUUUGCUGCUAUGGACAGGGGUUAUGCUCAUAUGCAGGGAUUUAGAUCCAUUAGUCUUACCAUCAGAAACCAGUCAGGCUGUGAAGCAACGGCUGCUGAGUUUUGUGAGAUCCUUGUCAACAGUCCUUACAUUUGCUUAUUGUUCUUCAAGCUUAAUUAAGCAAGCACAAAAAAGUUGUAUGGAGAUGAAUGACUCCAGUGAUGAAAGGAAUAUGAGGAUUGAUUUUACUGGUAAAGCUUUAUAUACUGCAAUAUGGGUAGCUGCUGUGUCACUGUUCAUGGAGUUGCUGGGAUUCUCCACACAGAAAUGGUUGACUGCUGGUGGUUUGGGCACAGUAUUGCUUUCGCUUGCAGGUCGUGAGAUAUUCAUGAACUUCCUUUCAAGUAUAAUGAUUCAUACAACUCGACCAUUUGUUGUGAAUGAGCGGAUUAAAACAAAGAUUAAAGAUGAUGAGGUUUCUGGUAGAGUUGAGCAUGUAGGCUGGUGGUCACCAACAAUUGUUAGAGGUGCUGAUUGUGAAGCAGUACAUAUUCCUAACCAGAAGUUGAGUGUAAACAUUGUAAGGAAUCUUAGUAAGAAAUCUCAUUGGCGCAUCAAGACUCAUCUUGCCAUCAGUCACUUGGAUGUUAACAAGAUCAAUAAUAUCCUAGCUGAUAUGCGCAAGGUUUUGGCUAAAAAUCCUCAAAUAGAGCAGAAAAGAUUGCAUAGAAGGGUUUUUCUGGAGGAUAUCAAUCCAGAAAAUCAGGCUCUUAUGAUAUUAAUAUCUUGCUUUGUUAAAACUUCACAUUCCGAAGAGUACCUUCGUGUUAAGGAGGCUAUUCUCUUGGAUCUUCUCAGAGUUAUCGAUCAUCAUGGAGCUCGACUAGCGACCCCCAUCCGCACAAUUCAGAAGAUGUACAGUGUCACUGAUUCAGAAGCCGAUCCAUUUGAUGAGAACCUAUUCACUCGUUCCAGAGCUAAGGCUAACCGUCCAUUCUCAUCAAAGGAUUCACCUUACAAUGUUAAGCCUUCAAUUCAUUCGAACAUUACAAACGAGAAGGAUACCAAGUUUGAGGAAACCUUGACAUCUGACUUAAAAGUAGAUGACGACUUUGCAGGGCCAUCAACCUCCACAUCCAGUGUAAACUCCAGCAACGAGAAAUUUAACCCUUCUGAAUCCAAAACCAAGAAUAUGGAUCGUGACAAUUCGGUCCAGAAGACAUCCAAAUCCAUGCAGCCCAAGGAAAAAGCAGGAAGUGCAGGAAACAGGACAUCACCGGAAUUUUUGUUGACUUCCAAGAAGUCAGGCAGAGGAGAUGCUACUAAUUCUGUUACCUCUUCACCAUCAAAGAAAGGUGAAGAAAAAGAUAAAUCUGGUGGCUCAUCAUCAUCAACUAUUCCUUCCUUGAAAGAGAAUAUUGUUCUUGAUGCUGCCUUGCUGGGAGCGAAACGAACACUUGAAAUAGACGACAAAAUUAGUCCACCUAUCGCUGCAGAGCCUCCAGAAUUCGCUAUCCAACAGAAAGGAUGUGAACCUCGUGGAAUUAAGGAUCACAAGGGUUGUAAGAAGUCUCCUAAUGCUAAGCAGAGUGAUUAGAUGGAUAGUCUCCUAAUGCUAAACAGAGUGAUUAGCUGGAUAAGCAGAGUUUAGAUGUGUUGUUUUAAACAUAUAAGAGAGCCUUUUUCCUUGAACUGUGCAAAAAUGAUGCAGCUGUUAUUUUUAUGCUGGCAUUGUGCAUUGUAUUCUUUGUACUUGAUUCCCCUUAUGUAAAUAACUGCUGGAUUUGCACCCCCAGUUAGAACCUUCUGUAUAUCAUCAAAGCAAAGAAAGCAUUUUUGCUUAUGAGAUA